CCCUUGCGGAGCGUCCUGUCACUGGUGGAAAAUGGCUGCUCGGAGUAGCUCCCUAAAGCUGAGAGAAAACUGAAAAAAAAAAGUCUCCGCUACUAACAAGAGGUCACGUCUGGACCCGUGUUUUCUGACCCCCCCUCCCACCCCAACAGGCGAAACGACAACUCGGGGAAGCGUCGACGCUGAGGAUGUCUCGCUGGGUGCCCACUAAGAAGGAAAAGUAUGGAGUUGCAAUCUAUAACUACGACGCCCGGGGAGAGGAGGAGCUGUCACUGCAGAUCGGAGACACGGUGCACAUACUUGAGACGUAUGAAGACUGGUACAGAGGCCAUAGGUUGAGGAGGAAGUCCAAAAAGGGCGUAUUUCCUGCUUGCUACAUACAUCUGAAAGAGGCCACAGUCGAGGGCAGUGGGCACAAGGAGACGGUUAUUCCCACUGAGUUGCCCCUGGUCCAGGAGGUUACCACCACACUGAGGGAAUGGGCCACAAUAUGGAGGGAUUUAUAUGUGGGGGACAAGCGCGAGAUGUUCAACUCUGUCCGUGACAUGAUCUACGACCUCAUCGAAUGGCGUUCCCAAAUCCUGUCUGGCACGCUCCCGCAGGACGAGCUCACUGAGCUCAAGCAGAAAGUCACCUCCAAGAUAGACUACGGCAACAAGUACUUGGAUCUCGAUCUCGUGGUUAGAGACAAAGAUGGAAACAUACUGGACCCGGAGCUCACCAGCACCAUCAGCCUGUUCCGAGCUCACGAGGCCGCGUCCAAACAAAUCGAGGACCGGAUCCAAGAGGAGAAGUCUCAGAAGCAGAAUAUUGACCUGACCAGGCAAGCAAAAUUUGCUUCCACUCCAGCUUUUGCCCUCUUCGUGACGCUAAAGAACGUGGUGUGUAAGAUUGGCGAGGAUGCCGAGGUCCUGAUGUCACUCUACGACCCAGUGGACUCCAAGUUCAUCAGUGAAAACUACCUGGUGAAAUGGUCAAGCUCGGGUCUGGUGAAAGACAUAGACCAGCUUCAUAACCUGAGGGCGGUCUUCACGGACUUAGGCAGUGAAGAUCUGAAGAGAGAGAAGAUCAGCUUUGUGUGUCAGAUUGUCAGAGUGGGGCGCAUGGAGCUCCGAGACAACAACACCAAGAAACUGACGUCGGGUCUGAGAAGACCCUUUGGAGUGGCAGUAAUGGAUGUCACCGACAUCAUAACAGGCAAAAUGGACGAUGAGGACAAGCAGCACUUUAUCCCAUUUCAGCCGCUAGCGCUGGACGAUGCCAUUCGCCACAAGCAGCUGAACAUCUCCCGUUUUUCACCCAGGGUGGCGGGGGAGAACGAUUUCCUCCAGACAGUCAUCAACAAAGUCAUCACCGCCAAAGAGGUCAAUCACAAGGGCCAAGGCCUAUGGGUUACUCUGAAGCUGCUUCCCGGAGACAUCCAUCAGAUUCGGAAGGACUUCCCUCACCUGGUUGACCGAUCAACAGCUGUGGCUCGCAAGAUGGGCUUCCCUGAAAUUAUCAUGCCAGGUGAUGUGCGUAACGACAUCUACGUGACUCUGGUCCAGGGGGAUUUUGACAAGGGGAGUAAAACGACGCCGAAAAACGUCGAGGUGACGAUGUCUGUUUACGAUGAGGACGGCAAGAAACUUGAGAACGUGAUCUUUCCUGGAGCUGGAGAUGAGGGGAUCAAUGAGUACAAAUCUGUCAUCUACUACCAAGUGAAGCAGCCGCGCUGGUUUGAAACGAUAAAGGUCGCCAUCCCCAUUGAAGACGUGAACCGGAGCCACUUGCGGUUCACCUUCCGCCACCGCUCAUCGCAGGACUCCAAAGAUAAAUCUGAGAAGAUAUUCGCCUUGUCCUUUGUGAAACUAAUGAGGUACGAUGGGACGACUCUGAGGGACGGCGAGCACGAUCUCAUCGUGUACAAGGCAGAAGUCAAGAAGCUGGAGGACUCGUCUCUGUACCUGAACCUACCUUCCACCAAGGUGGAGCUGGAGGAGAAGGGCUACUCAACCACUGGGAAAAGCAUCCACACCAUGGGCACCUGUACCAUCAGCAAGGAUUCCUUCCAGAUCGCCACCCUGGUCUGCUCCACCAAGCUCACGCAGAACGUGGACCUGCUCGGCCUCCUGAAGUGGCGCUCCAACACCAGCCUCCUGCAGCAGAACCUCCGACAGCUGAUGAAGGUGGAGGGCGGCGAGGUCGUGAAGUUUCUGCAAGACACUCUGGAUGCUCUCUUCAACAUCAUGAUGGAAAACUCUGACAGUGACACCUUUGAUACUCUGGUGUUUGAUGCCUUGGUGUUCAUAAUUGGACUCAUAGCGGACAGAAAGUUCCAGCACUUUAACCCCGUCCUGGAGACCUACAUUCGAAAGCAUUUCAGCGCGACGCUCGCGUACACGAAGCUGACCAAAGUCCUGAAGAAUUACGUGGACAACGCGGAGAAGCUGACGGAGCAGCUGCUGAAGGCCAUGAAGGCUCUGGAGUACAUCUUCAAGUUCAUCGUCCGCUCCAGAGUCCUCUUCAACCAGCUCUACGAGAACAAAGGAGAGGCCGACUUCAUGGAGUCCUUGAGGAACCUAUUCACAUCCUUUAAUGACAUGAUGAACAGUAAUUCAGAGAACACUGCCAUGGUGAAGCUGCUCCUUAAGGGGGCUGCACUGAAGCACGUUCCCACCAUUGUCAACGAUGUCAAGCUGGUCUUUGAUCCCAAGGAACUGAGCAAGCUGUUCACGGAGUUCAUCCUAAAGGUCCCUCUGGGUCGUCUGGUAAAACACAAGCUAGACUGUCUGAUUGACAUAGUCCACAGCGAUCUCUUCACUCAUCACGACUGCCGUGAGAUCCUCCUGCCGCUGAUGACGGACCAGCUGAAGUUCCACCUGGAGAAGCGGGAGGAGCCGAAGGCUUGCUGCCAGCUGCUUAGCGACAUCCUGGAGGUGCUCUACCGGAAGGAUGUGGGUCCCACCCAGUGGCAUGUUCAGAUCAUCAUGGAGAAGCUGCUGAGGACCGUCAACCGGACGGUCAUUUCCAUGGGCCGCGAUUCCCCUCACAUCACCUGCUGCAGUUCCAAUCCCACACUGUCGUUAAAGGGGAGCUUCGUGGCCAGCAUGACGGCCACGCUGAGGCAGAUGGACGACUAUCAUUACGCUCAUCUGAUCAGCACCUUUGGCAAGAUAAGGAGCGACGUGGUGGAUUUCCUAAUGGAAACAUUUAUCAUGUUUAAAGAUCUCAUUGGAAAAAACGUCUACCCCUCGGACUGGAUCAUAAUGAACAUGAUGCAAAAUAAAGUGUUCCUGCGAGCCAUCAAUCAGUAUGCGGCGGUGUUGAACAAGAAAUUCCUGGAUCAAACCAACUUCGAGCUACAACUGUGGAACAACUACUUCCACCUGGCCGUGGCCUUCCUCACCCAGGAGUCGCUGCAGCUGGAGAACUUCUCGAGCGACAAACGAGCCAAGAUCUUCCACAAGUACCAGGACAUGAGACGGCAGAUUGGCUUUGAGAUCAGGGAUAUGUGGUACAAUCUAGGGCCUCACAAGAUUAAAUUCAUUCCCGAAAUGGUGGGCCCCAUCCUGGAGAUGACUCUCGUUCCUGAGAUCGAGCUGCGGAAGGCCACCAUCCCCAUCUUCUUUGACAUGAUGCAGUGCGAGUUCCACUUCACGUGCAGCUUCCAGCGGUUUGAGAACGAGAUCAUCACCAAGCUGGAUCACGAGGUGGAGGGGGGCCGCGGGGACGAGCAGUACAAAGUUCUCUUUCAGAAAAUCUUACUGGAGCACUGCAGGAAGCACAAGUACUUGGCCAGGACGGGCGAGAACUUCGUCACCCUGGUGGUACGUCUGCUGGAGAGGCUGCUGGACUACAGGACCAUCAUGCACGACGAGAACAAGGAAAACCGCAUGAGCUGCACCGUCAACGUGCUCAACUUCUACAAGGAGAUCGACAGAGAGGAAAUGUACAUCAGGUACCUGUACAAGCUGUGCGACCUCCACAAAGAGUGCGACAACUACACGGAGGCCGCGUACACUCUGCUGCUACACGCCAAACUGCUCAAGUGGUCGGACGAGCCGUGCGCAGCCCACCUGACCCAGAGAGACGGCUACCAGGCCGCCACUCAAGGGCAGCUUAAGGACCAGCUCUACCAGCAGAUUAUUAAUUACUUCGACAAGGGCAAGAUGUGGGAGGAGGCCAUCAUUUUGGGAAAGGAAUUGGCCGAACAAUACGAAAAUGAGAUGUUUGACUUCGAGCAGCUCAGUGCUUCCUUGCGCAAACAAGCCCAGUUCUAUGAGAACAUAGUGAAGGUCAUCCGGCCCAAACCAGACUACUUCGCUGUCGGCUAUUACGGCAUGGGCUUCCCCUCCUUCCUACGCAAUAAAAUGUUCAUGUACCGUGGGAAGGAGUACGAGCGCCGGGAGGACUUCGAAGCGCGCCUCCUCACGCAGUUUCCCAACGCGGAGAAGAUGAAGACGACCACGCCGCCCAGCGAGGACACAAAGAGUUCCUCGGGACAAUACAUCCAGUGUUUCACAGUGAAGCCCAUCCUCGACCUGCCUGCCAAGUUCCAAAACAAGUCCGUCUCCGAGCAAAUACUCAGCUUCUACACAGUAAAUGAAGUCCAUAAAUUCCAGUAUUCCAGGCCAGUGAGGAAAGGAGAGAAGGACCCUGACAACGAGUUUGCGAACAUGUGGAUUGAGAGGACCACGUACUCGACUGCAUACAAACUUCCCGGCAUCCUGCGAUGGUUUGAAGUCAAAUCAUGCUCCACGGAGGAGAUCAGUCCACUGGAAAAUGCCAUGGAAACUAUGCAGCUAACCAAUGAGAAGAUCAGCAGCAUGGUGCAGAGGCAUAUCAGCGAUCCUAACCUUCCUAUCAACCCCCUGUCCCUACUGUUGAAUGGGAUUGUGGACCCAGCUGUCAUGGGAGGGUUUGCCAACUACGAGAAGGCUUUCUUCAAUGACAAGUACAUGCAGGAGCACCCAGAGGACCUUGAAAAGAUAGAGAAGCUAAAGGACCUUAUUGCCUGGCAGAUCCCUCAUCUCGCUGAAGGCGUUCGAAUUCACGGGGAGAAGGUCACGGAGGCGCUGAGGCCCUUCCACGACCGUAUGGAGGCCUGCUUCAAGCAGCUGCGGGAGAAGGUGGAGAAACAGUAUGGGGUGAAGACCCUGCCGACAGCGGACGAACGUCGGGGUUCACGUCCUCACUCCAUGGUGCGGUCUUUCACCAUGCCCUCCUCCCAGAGGCCGCUGUCAGUAGCUUCAGUCACUUCAAUCUCCUCUGACAACUCCCCCUCCAGACCUGGCUCAGACGGUUUUGCUCUGGAGCCUCUUCUGCCAAAGAAGCUGCACACCAAGUCUCAGGACAAACUGGACCGGGACGAAUCGGAGAGGGAGCGCAAAGAGAAGAAGAAGGAGAAGAGGAACAGUAAGCACCAGGAGAUCUUCGACAAAGAGAUGAAGACGACCGAGAUCCCUCUGCAGCCAGCCGAGGCCGUCAUACUCUCAGAGACGAUCAGCCCUCUGCGGCCCCAGAGACCGAGGAGUCAAGUUCUCAACCAGAUGGGUGUGGACCGCCGCCUCUCCGUGUCUCCUGGACCUCCUCCUCCUUCCUCCAACUCCUCCUCCACGCCCGGGCCCCCGCCCAUUACACCAAGGAGCAAACACUCCUUUAGCCUGCUCACCGUCUCCAGUCUGGAGCUGAACGGGAUGGGCUGCUCCGACAAGGGCGAAACCCCUCCUCCGCUCCCGCUGAAAGGCAGCACAGCUGAUUAUGGCAACCUGCAAGAUAAUCAAGACUUGACGAGUCCCUCGACGCCUCCGCCGCCCCCGCCGCAUCAAAGACACAUUCCGCCUCCUCUGCCCAGCAAGACCCCGCCUCCUCCUCCACCCAAGACCACAAGGAAACAGGCGUCCAUCGAUUCAGGAAUUGUACAGUAAACAAAGACGUCGACAGUAGGACCGAGCGGCUCCACUGACAACACAACAAAAAAAAAAAAAAAACGGCAUCGGCGGCAACUGUUCCCCCGAGAAAAGUGCCUGUUUUUAACCCACACAUUCCUCGCUCCCAUUCCCCAGCUUGACAAGAUGAAUACCUCACCGCUUCCCGCCCCCUCGUCCUCCUCAUCUUUUUAAAACUGUUCUCCUUGUUUCUCGUUUUGCCUUCUGUUUGACGAUGACGCAGUCUGCACCAGGGAGCGUGUUGCACACAAAAGUAGUCACUGAAUUUGUAGAUACAAACGCGCCACUUCACCACUUUUAGUGUGACGUGAGAUUGUUCUCAGACAGAUAAGCUUGAACCAGCAGCUUCCCGAUACUGACCCUCUCUCACGUAUACGAGAGAAACUAGCUCAUUAAAGCACCGAUGCCUGUCUCUUUUAUUCAUAUCUACACUAUGUACAGAGGUUUGUAUAUAUGAUUUUAUUUUAUUUCAUUUUUUUAUGUGAUUGAUUGGAUCAUUUUUAUAUUAACGUGCCAUUAGAUUAAGUGGAAUUAUUUACAUGAAACAAACAAAAAAAAAGGGUUCAUAGGUUUUGAAUUGACAGAGACUUGACAGAUGUGAAAACCUAUCAUGGAUUUUAUUGGUUAAAUUUUUUGGAGUGCACCUGCAACUAACUCCCAUCACAUUAUCCUCAUUCAACCUGUCCUAGAUUGCUGUUACCUUGGAUUUCAAUAAUGACUGUUCUCAGUUCACUACUGACAUGACUUCUGAAUAAACUUUCAAAUGUAUGUAUUUUUAAAAAGA